CUUCUUCUUCUUCUUCUUCUUCUUCUUCUGAUCCAGUUCAGUCUGAGACAACAUGAAGAGCGUGGGACUAGUUUGGGUCAUUGAGCUCCAGGUUCUACUGGUUCUGGUCCACACCAGCCACAGUGUACAGAGAGCUCCUCGGAUCAUCACGUUGUUGGAGACCAUGGACAUCCUGCUAGGUCACAACGCCACCUUCAUUUGUGAGGUGGAAUCACGCCCUCCUGCUGACAUCACCUGGACCAAGAACAACCAACCAAUCAUGUACUACGACCCCCGCUACAGAACCAGGGAGCAGGGACAGAUGCUAAUCAUUCCUCAUGUGAGAGAGUCGGACAACGGAGAAUACUGCUGCAUCGCCAACAAUGGGAUUGGAGAGGGAGCCAAGAGCUGUGGCGCCCUCCAGCUGAAGAUGAAACCACAAAUCAAACGCCACCCGUCCAACCUGACCCAGCUGUUGGGCUCCAAAGCUGUGUUGCCUUGUGUGACCCUGGGAAACCCCAGACCUGAUGUCACCUGGCUCAAGGACGACGAGAUGAUCAAGAUCAGUGACCGUGUUACCAUCCUGGACUACGGAACGCUGAAGAUCCACAACGUACAGAAGGAGGACGCGGGCCAGUACCGCUGUGUGGCCAGAAACAGCUUAGGGUUGACCUUUUCAAGGCCGGUCACCAUGGAGGUGCAGGCGCCGGCUCGGAUCCUGCAGGUGCCGAAAGAGAAGAGGGUGGCGUUCGGCAGCCAGGUCACCCUGGAGUGUAACGCCACGGGAAAUCCAGUUCCAACCAUCACCUGGCUGGAAAAUGGGAAUACUCUCUCAGGAGCGGCAGUUGAAGAAACUCUGGUGGGAGAAGCGGUUCUGUCCGUUCUCAGAGUGACGGUCAACAAACCGGCUCUUUACACCUGCCUGGCGUCCAACAGACACAGCGCCGGAGCCAACACCGUCAAAGCAACAGCCAGAGUCACCGUCACAGAAUGGAGACUCUACAAAGGCGUGGCAGGGUACUGCAGCGCCUACAGAGGAGACGUCUGCCGCACCGUCCUUCCAGAUCAUUCUCUGGUUUUCUUCAACUCCUCUCUCUCCGAGGACACGCAGGAGGAUCAGGUCCAGAGUUGGUCGACAGAUCUGGACGGCCUGGGUCCUCUGUGUGCUCCAGCUCUACGUUCUCUACUCUGUCAUCACUCCUUCCCUGACUGCAACCCAUCAGGACUGGGACCUGCACCCAAACCCGUCUGCAGAGAACACUGUCUGGCUGUGAAGGAGCUCUACUGUCAGAAAGAGUGGCUGGCCCUGCUCCAGUCCGGACUCUUCAGCUCGGUCACUGGUUCCAGUGCUCCCAGUUCACCGCUGCCCAACUGUCAGGUCCUGCCCAGCCUGGGCCCAGAGCCAGAGGUUUGCACUCAUGUCCCUUUUGUAGAUGUGAAGAAAGACCACGUCACCACGUCCUGUUACAACGACCGAGGUCGUUUCUACCAGGGCGGCGUGAACGUGACCAGCUCUGGGACUUCCUGUCAGCCCUGGGCUCAACAGGUACACGCUCACAACACAGUACUUUGCACUUAUUUGCAGUAUGCAGUGUAUGAAGACUUCAAAUAUGAACUCUUCCAAAUACAUUUGAUAACUUGUAUCCACCCCACCCACCCUGCAGGGGGUGACAAACUCAAUUCCUCCAGGGGUGGGUGUGCGGGGGGUAAACCCAUGUGUCUGAUGUUUGAGUACAUGGCCCACGGCGACCUCAACGAGUUCCUGCGCCGUCGCUCCCCCGCUCAGUCUGUUCACACGCUGAGCUCGGCCAGCCUAUCAGGGCGCAGCUUCACCUCCGAGGCCGAGGCCGCGCCUCUCUCCUGUACUCAGAUGUUGUCCGUGUCCAAGCAGAUCGCCGCUGGAAUGGCCUACCUGUCGGAACGCAAAUUCGUCCACCGUGACCUCGCCACCAGAAACUGCCUGGUGGGAGAAGAGAUGGUGGUGAAGAUCGCAGACUUCGGCCUCUCCAGGAACAUCUAUUCGGCCGACUACUACAAAGCCAACGAGAACGACGCCAUCCCAAUCCGCUGGAUGCCUCCGGAGUCCAUCUUCUACAACCGCUACACCUCCGAGUCGGACGUGUGGGCGUACGGCGUGGUGCUGUGGGAGAUCUUUUCCCACGGGAUGCAGCCGUACUACGGCAUGGGUCACGAGGAAGUGAUCUACUACGUGAGGGACGGUCACAUCCUGUCCUGUCCCGACAACUGUCCUCUGGAGCUGUACAACCUGAUGAGGCUGUGCUGGAGCGGCCAGCCGUCGGAGCGGCCCAGCUUCAGCAGCAUACACCGCAUACUGGAGCGGAUGCAUCAGAACACAGAGAGAGUGGACACUGGGCCAGAGGUCAGCUGCUGAGGUCAGCCGCCGAGGUCAGCCGCCGAGGUCAGCCGCCGAGGUCGAAGCCUACAGUAUUGUGGUUUUUUCAGGUAUUUUAUGAUGACUUUUUUUAUACGUAUACAUUUUAAAAGGUUUGUUUUUAAUUGCUGUGCUAAUGUUAGCGUCCUAGCCUGUGGCUGUAGCUACUGUAUCUUCUGCUGUCCUUUGAGCUCCUCCUUCAUCUCUUUGAAGUCUUUUUGACCUCAUCAAUGUCACAGUUUUGGGGAUUUUCCCUCCGACUCUUGUCCCUUCAUUUUCAGUCGACUGUUUUAAUGAGAGAAAACCAAACCUCAUUCUGAUGACAUCACUUCCUCUUUUUUUCUUUUUCCUCUCAUGGUGUUACAUGGUGUUACAUGGUGUUACAUGGUGUUACAUGGUGUUACAUGGACCUGAUUCCACAACAGCACACACUCACUUUAGAACAUGUUUGUCUGUGUUUUAUUCUAUUCCAGUUUUGGACAUUGUUGAAAUAGAAAAACUUUAUAUUUUUUAUUUUAUUAUUUUCUGAUGUUUAUCCUAAAGAUUAUACAUUAAUACACAUUCAAGUCAAAUACAUUUGUUCUCCCACAAAACCUUCUUUCCAAUCUGGACCUGAAAAACGUCCCCAUGAGGUCAAAAGGUCCCCACAAGUACACCUAGACCACACACACACACACACACACACACCGUCCAGAGGUCAAGAGGUCAAACAUUCAGGCAGUCAAACACGUCCAGCUGCUCUGACACUGUAACAUUAAUCAUUUCAGUGAUUCUGUUCCAGUUGUUGACAAACUAAGGCUCCCGGCCCCUCGAUGGUCCAAAUAAACCAGCAUUCAUUCAAA